UCUCCAGCGACACAUAAUGGUCAUUAACCAUGCUUGGGUCGAACCACGCAUUAUUCAGAAAUAUUUAGAUUGACAUAAUACAGCCCGGGCGCUACUUUUUCUGCUUGUAUUUGGAACGCAAAUGCUUGUCAAUUUGAGAUAUAAGUGAACAAUUUGUUUGUCAAAAAGGAGGUCUUAAGGAACGAAAAAGGCUGGCUAUACGACUGGUCCCACGACUGCCAGCCUCUCCUUACCAGUUAUAGUAAAGGAGGUUAGACCCGGACAACGGAUCGGCGUUACGGUAUCCACCGGUCCAGCCAGAUUGACUGACCUUGGACAUGGGAGACUUGUGAAUUACUCACUUAACUUUCCCCAAUUAUGUUUACAGAACUACGAAACCACGGCAAAGUUGGACCUUUUAUCAAAAAACAAAUUAGUUUUUAAUAAUAUGAACGAUUGACUUGGCAGCAAUCGGAUUAGUGUAUUGUUUCGCAGGGGCAUGUUUAUCAGAAUGUUAUCAUACCUAUCCUGCUAGGUAGGCCCACCAGGUCGAGCCUUACCUCUGGUGAAAGUGACAAAUACAGGUAUAAACUGGGAAGUUGUUACACAGCAAGACUUACAGGUGAGUGCUUCGGGAGUUGUUACCUGUAUACACACCUGGGAUGUUAAAAUAGGAAGCCAGACAGACAUACAGACGAAAUGGCCGCUAAUGAAUAUGGCAUCACAGGAAAGUAGCUGUGUUCCGCUCCGUCAUUCGAGUCUUCCCGGUGUUGUCCGUCUACCUAAGCGGUAUAAAGUAGAGGAGUCCCGAUCACUCGACAGUCGAAAAGGCAGCAUCGAUCAUCUUCGUGGGGCGGACAAAAUUGCGGAACGUCUUUCAGACCUGAGCCAGGCCUUACUAUGGAUUAAACAAGAAUUAAUUAUGCUCCGUCAGCAUGACAUCCUAUUGAAACGUCAGUUCUGUGACAUUCAUGAUACUAUAGUGUCACUAAACAAAGCGAAACGGAGGGCAGGCUUCCGGAAUAAACAGACACUGACCAGCUCCAACACGAGUUUGCAGUCCAAUACGAGUUUCCAGUCCAAUACUAGUAUUGAUAUUACCUUGGAUCUGGAAAACUAUGGCGUUAGGAGUGCCAACAGUGUCACGAUGUUAAACGAGGAGGAAUCAGAGGACGACGAUGAAAUUGAUGAUUUCCGCCCCCGGACUUGCUCAAUGAAAACAACGCGAGACUUGACAGCUCUCGCGAGAAGACGUGGGAGUAAGGAACUAAUAUAAGGGAAGCAGUAUACGAAGCAAACACCAAACCUUAUUAGGCACAUAAGGUUUUGAUAUUAACACGAUAAUCUUAACAUCAAAAUAUGGAACGUGAAUGACAUCAAACUCUCUGCUCAUACGUCAUUGAUUUUGUUCAACCAAAGCUAACUAAAAUUGAAAAGCAUGCCUUUUUGUUAUUUCAUAACGAGAGAUUUAAGUCAGAGAUAACUGAAAGUAUCAAAUCAACCCAAAGUGUCUUAGUGCUGGAUGUAGAAUGUACACGAAGAUAUAGCACUAUAUAUGUAUGAUGAAUGUUAAAGUCUGCGGAUCUAUGUGGAUUAGCCAAGUCAAACGUAUAUAGGGCUGACAAGGUUUUCUCCCUUUGCCAAGACGUACCAUAUACUACAGUCAUUGGCAAUGUGCUUCGUAUUGUUAAUAACUAUGAUCACCCUGAAUGAAGUAGUAAAUCAUUUGCUUCCCAUACCAUUCGCAGUCUGGUCGAGGUGUGAACACUAUGUGAAAGGCAGCUUAUCUCUUUUGACGCAACAAGGGAGGCAACUCUAACAGGGGACUUGUUUGUGAAAGAAAUUGUAUUGUACACAUUUAAUAAUACAUUUUUUUCAACAAAAUUGAUACAGUGGGAAUUACACAAUUGAAUUUUAUAUUGUGACGUUGUUUUUUACGCAAUAUACAAAUGUACCCAUCCCACUUAA